ACUUCGAAAUCUCCAACUCAAGCAAAGAAGCAGAGCAGAAGAUUUCGUCUCACUUCUACCUUCUUCUUCCUAAACCUCGCUUACCAUCCAUUUCUAACGCGGAUAAAUCUAUGGCUACACGGUCAAACGAUGAGAAGUCCGCAACAGCUGAUAAUAAGAAGUCUUCAGAAUCUGUUCCCACAGGGACACAAUCCGGACCUGGAAAUGCAAACCCUCUAGCUGGACUUGGAAUGGAAAAUCCUUUUGAUUUCUCGGCAUUGUCUGGCCUCCUAAACGACCCGAGCAUUAAAGACCUAGCUGAACAGAUAGCAAAAGAUCCUUCAUUCACUGAAAUGGCAGAGAACCUUCAAAACACCUUUCAGGGUGCUGGUCUUGAAGAUGAGAUUCCCCACUUUGAUCCCCAGCAAUACUAUGCAACAAUGCAACAAGUUAUGGCAAAUCCUGAGUUUAUGACAAUGGCAGAGCGGCUUGGAAACACAUUGAUGCAGGAUCCAGCCAUGUCCAGCAUGCUCGAAAGUUUAUCAAAUCCUGCUCAGAGUGACAAACUUGAAGAAAGAAUGGCACACAUCAAAGAAGAUCCAUCUUUGAAACCAAUCCUGGAAGAGAUAGAACGUGGGGGUCCGUCUGCAAUGAUGAGGUACUGGAAUGAUAAGGAUGUUCUAAAGAAGUUGGGUGAAGCAAUGGGUUUUGCUGCUACCGGGGAAACAGCCGCUUCCAAUGAAACUGUCCCAGAUGAAACUGAAGAAGAGAGUGAAGAUGAAUCAAUUGUUCAUCACUGUGCGAGUGUUGGGGAUGCGGAGGGGUUGAAGAAAGCACUUGCUUCUGGAGCUGAUAAAGAUGAAGAAGAUUCAGAGGGAAGGACAGCACUGCAUUUUGCAUGUGGAUAUGGGGAGGAGAAGUGUGCUCAGAUUCUUCUUGAGGCUGGGGCUAAGGUGGAUGCUUUGGACAAGAAUAAGAACACUGCUCUCCAUUAUGCUGCCGGAUAUGGAAGGAAGGGCUGUGUUGCACUUCUGCUGGAGAACGGUGCUGCAGUCACUCUUCAAAACAUGGAUGGCAAGACGCCUAUAGAAGUUGCCAAAUUGAAUGACCAGAGUGAAGUCCUAAAGCUUCUCGAGAAGGAUGCGUUUCUAUAAACUGAAAGCACUCAUGGAUGGUUAAGUUGUGAGAGUGCAACUCUAUUGGCCUAUGUAAUUUUAAAGAAAAUUGGGUUUUUGAAACUCAACUCAACUCAACUCAGAUGCAUUGUCCAAGUUUACACAUUGUGAUAUUCUGGUUCUGUGAAUCAUUUUCUUGAAAAGUA